UCGGUGGGGGUGGUUGUAGGGCGGCUGCCGCGGCCGUCAACGCGCAUGACCUCGCCGGCGUCGAUUGUAAUCUUUUGUGCUCCGUACAGAGUAUUUGAGGCCGCCGACUCGUAAGUGUCGGCCCAAGCCCACUUUCAAUCAGCAGCUUUGCUUUCUCAGAUCCCCUUAUCCUCACUUCUUGCGCAGCAAAUCAAAUCCUCUUGCUUUUUUUUCCAUUUCCCCUCCAAUGACCGCGCAAGCUAUCUCCCUCUCGCUGCCGACGCCGCCCACCCACCACCACCAUCAUGCCAAACCUCCACCCCCGCCUCGGCUCCUGCUCAAAGCCAGCUCGCUCCCGGAAGCGCUGCGAGGCGUGGAGACAUUCCGCGACGGGCGGCUCCUGGUCUCCCUCCUGCGGCAGUGUGCAGAUGUCCCCCACGGGGACGAAGACACCGAGCGCCUCUCCGCGGCGCGUCACCUCGCUCCACAGCUGCACUCGCUGGCCGUCCGUGCGGGCCGCGCCCGGGACCCGCGCGUCGCGUGCGCGCUCGCCGACCUCCUCGCGCGCCUGGGCCGCUGGGCCUCGGCCCGGCGCUUGCUCCAGGAAGCGACGGCAGCAGAGGAGGAGGGGAAGGAAGAGGGAGACGAGGAAGUGGAUACGAUGCUGUGGAACAAGCGCGUGGCCAUGCUCGCUGAGGCGGAGGAGUGGGGCGACGCGAUCGCCGCGUUCGCGGAGAUGCGGGCGCGCGGGGUGGCUCCCGACGGGUACGCGUGCGCGCGGGCGCUCCACGCGUGCGGCCGCGCGGGGGCGCCCCGCGAGGGGCAGGCCGUGCACGCGCACGCCGCCAAGGCGGGCCAUGUCGCCGCACACCCGCUCGUGCCGGGCUUCCUUGCCGGCAUGUACGCCGAGAGCGCGGACGUGGGCGCGGCCAGGCGGGUGCUCGAGACGGAGGACGCGCCGCCCGUCGCGUGGAACGUCGUCGUUGCCUGCUGCGCGCGCCUCGGGCUCGUUGACGACGCGCUGGACCUCGCGGAGCGCAUGGCGAGGUCGGGGCCGGUGGAGGCCAGCCCCAGCCUCGCGACGUGGAACGCCGUGCUGUCGGGCUGCGCGCGGCACGGGCGCGACCGGGAGGCGUUCGGCGUGGUUCGGAGCAUGCUGGAGCGAGGGAUACCACCGGACUCCAGCUCCAUGUCGAGCCUGCUCAAGUCUGUGGCCAGCUUGGGGCUGCUUGCGCAUGGCAUGGAAGCCCAUUGCUUCUUCCUCAGGCACCGGCUCGAGCCGGACGUGUACACUGGGACGGCGUUCGUUGACAUGUACGCCAAGUGUGGCCGCCUGGAAUACGCCCAGAAGGUGUUCGACACGCUGGAGCUUAGGAAUAUCACCACAUGGAACUCGCUGGUUGCUGGGUACUCGAACGCGGGUCAGUUCGACCAUGCACUGGACCUUGUGGAGGAGAUGAAAAGGAACAGGCUUGACCCUGAUAUAACCACUUGGAACGGGCUGAUCAGUGGCUAUUCGAUGAACGGUCGGAGCUCGCAGGCUGUGCUGCUGCUCCGGCAGAUGAAGGCGAUUGGAUUGACACCCAAUGUGGUUUCUUGGACCUCGCUGAUCUCCGGAAGCUGCCAUAAUGGAGACUACGAAGAUUCGUUCUACUUCUUCAAUGAGAUGCAGAAGGACCACGUCCAGCCUAGCGUGGUUACCAUGUCUGUGUUGCUGCGGGCUUGCGCAGGGCUGGCUUUGCUGGCGAAAGGGAAGGAGCUGCAUUGCUUCGCACUGCGAAGAAGAGCGUAUGACCGUGACAUGGUUGUUGCAACAGCCCUAAUCGACAUGUACUCCAAGUCAGGAAACCUGGCAAGUGCGACGCGGAUAUUCGAAAGGAUUCAGGAGGAGAAGAAUCUGGUGUCCUGGAAUGCGAUGCUCACCGGGCUGGCAGCACAUGGGCAGGGCCGUGAGGCAAUAGCGCUGUUCGACGACAUGUGUAGUGCUAGUGCAGGAGCAGGAGCAGGAUUGAAGCCAGACAGUAUAACCUUCACAGCGCUGCUCACUGCUUGCAGAUCAAUGGAGUUGAUCACUGAAGGGUGGGACUAUUUCGAUGCCAUGGAGAGCAGAUACGGCGUGACACCGACCGUUGAGAACUACGCGUGCAUGGUUGAUCUUUUGGCAAGGUGCGGGUACCUGGAUGAAGCGACGGACUUCAUCAACAGGUCACCAUUCAAGUCAGCGGCGAGCCUAUGGGGAGCCCUUCUAACCGGUUGCGUGGUACAUGGAAACCUUGCUCUUGCCGAGGCAGCUGCAAGGAAACUGUUCAAGCUAGAGCCGUACAAUUCAGCCAACUACCUGCAGAUGGUGAGCUUGUACGAGCGUGAACAGAUGUUCGAUGAAGCCGAGAGCCUCAAGUAUGCAAUGAAAGCGAGAGCGCUGAACACUCGACCUGGGUGGAGCUGGAUACAGAUCGAGCAAAGCAUCCAUGUGUUCCAAGUCGAGGGGAAGCCACCACACCCAGACACCGCGGAGAUAUACCAACAACUGGUUCGUCUGGUUCUUCAGAUAAGGAAGGCAGGGUAUGUGGCGGACACUAGCUGCAUAGCGUAUAACGUCCCCGAAGAAGACAAGGAGAAGCUGCUGCUCAGCCACACCGAGAAGCUAGCUAUCACUUAUGGGCUGAUCCACUCAGAUGCGAGCGGGACGCCCAUCAGGGUGAUCAAGAACACCAGGAUGUGCAGUGACUGCCAUGAGGUGGCCAAGCACAUAUCUGCUCUAUGCGGACGCCAAAUCAUUCUUCGAGACGCCGAUCGGUUUCACCAUUUUACGGAUGGGAAAUGCUCUUGCAAUGAUCGCUGGUAAAUGGCAGAUCAUCUUUAUUGCUUGCUUGCUAUAGGAGGGGAGGGUUUCUAUGUCUAAGCGGAACGGAGUGUAGCAAGAUGGAAUCAGAUCCUCUACAGUCGGCCUGUGUCUGUGUGAGCUGGCAUCGGCCGGCCCCUAAACCCUAACCCUGAUUAAGGUAGAGACUAUAUACACACAUAUAUAGAAACAGUACACCCAUUACAUUAGAAAAACACAGUAAUGUGACACGGUAAUCUCU